AAAUUCUAGUAACUACACAGUUAUUUAUGUAGAGAUCAAAUAAAUAGAAGAUUAUUGAAGUAAAUUUGUUAUGACAGCAAUGUCAUAUUAGGACAGUUCAACCAAAAUUUUUUUCUUGUUCUCUAAUUCAAAUAAAAUAUGAAUUUUAUAUAUCCAAUAAUUUGUUAUUUAUUUCUUAUGUUAACUAAUAAAAUUUAUGCUGGAGUAAUGCAUAGUCAUACUAAUGAAGUAAAUAAGGAAAGGGAAACAGACGGAGCUUACAGCCCAAGAGACCAUAGUCAUUAUUCAGAUGAAGGAGAUCAUUAUACUGAAUUUGAUCAUGAAGCUAUAUUAGGUAGUCACAAAGAAGCUGAAGAAUUUGAUCAUUUAUCCCCGGAAGAAUCGAAAAGACGAUUAGCCAUUCUUCUUAAGAAAAUGGAUCUUGAUGAUGAUAAUCAAAUUGGCAGAAACGAAUUGAAAGCUUGGAUUAUACGCUCUUUUAAAAUGCUUUCAGAGGAAGAAGCCAAAGAUAGGCUGGAAGACGCAGAUGAAAAUAACGAUGGUAUAGUCACUUGGCAAGAAUAUUUAGCUGAUACAUAUGGGAUAGACAGUUCCGAAAAUACUAUUGAUAUUGGGAGUGAAAAUGAACAUUUGAUUCAAGAUGAUAAAAAUAUGUGGAAAGCAGCAGAUAUCAAUAAUGACGGUGUUCUUGAUGCUAAUGAAUGGGUAUCAUUUUCUCACCCAGAAGAACAUCCCAACAUGCUACCUAUAAUUUUAGAACAAACUUUGAAGGACAAAGAUAAGGAUGAAGAUGGUGCCAUCAACUUCCAAGAAUAUAUAGGAACAAGAGGAAAUGAUAUUAGUAAAGAUGAUUUAAUUGCAGAAAAAGCUAAAUUUGAUGAUUUGUUGGAUAAGAAUAAAGAUGGAAAGUUAGAAGGAAAUGAAAUAUUAUCUUGGAUAGUACCUAGUAAUGAUGAAAUAGCUCAAGAAGAAGUAGACCAUUUAUUUGCUCACAGUGAUGACAAUCACGAUGAUAUACUGAGCUUUGAGGAAAUCCUCGAUCAUCAUGACACAUUUGUUGGUAGUGAAGCAACGGAUUACGGUGAUCAUUUACAUAAUAUUCAUCAUUUUGAUGACGAAUUGUGAUGAAAUUGACUCGCAUUAUAAUUUUGUAAUUUUAAAUUAUUUAUUUUGUUUCUUAUAUGAAAUUUGAUUGAAAUAUUUACCAACGUUACUACCAAAGUAGGUUUUUUAGCAAAUUAUGACAUCUAAAUUUUAAUUCAUCCCAAAAAAAAAACUAAUUUUAAUUUACCUAUAUAUAACGGCUGCAUUGAUACCUAACUAAUUUUUAUUGAUCUCCAUUUUUUUAUAUUUAUUGUUAUGUAUAUGACACCAAAUAGAGACGAACUAACUUCUGGUGAUGCUUGAAUUGGUCUUAGAUCUGGAUAUUGUUAUCCUCUUUGUCUAUGCUCUAAGCAUGAAAUAGCACUGGAGACAUAGGUCUAAUAGUCGCCACCAAAAGGAAAGUAUUUUUCUCAAGGAAAACGAGUUUUUCUACGACUUUUUCAAAUAAUGCCUCUAACAAUUUCUCCUAGAGUAGACGAUGGCGUUGAUCGAUCAAUAACUUUACAAAGUAAAUUAGAAAUAGGAAUUGAUAAGCUAGAUGUCUCUUCGAGAAGAGUAGUCAGGUCUCUAAUGACUUUAAACUGAGAAGUUAGUUUGGUUUUUAAUGGCUAAAAAUUUAGAUACAAUUCCCAACAAUUUAACAAACAGUUCCAGCAUAUCCAAGCACGGUUUCCAUCUAGUUCUGACUGCUUGGGUUAAUGUAAAAAUUUUACUUUGCAAAAAAUACCAAUUGGGUGGCAUCUAUUGAUUUCCUUUCUUCAAUAGAGUUCAAUACAAAUGUACUGCUUGUCAAAAUCUCAUUCUACACACACGUUCGCGUGAGAAAACUCGUCCCUCUAAGCAUCCACCCCCAAAUAGAUACACGGAUGUGUAUGAAGAAGGACAUUCUACCAAUCCUCUGUCACUUCAAUAGGUCCUCAUCAUUCUAUGGGAGAUUCUGUGAAGUUUUAUCUUUUCGUUAUGAGUUAGCCUGUUUGCUAUGCAUUCUUGACUUUUUGUUCUCAUUCUAGUGGCCAAUAAAACUCUUUUUUACUUUCACGGCCGGAUAGUGAGGCAACGCUAUACAUCUGGGUUACUUUAUGCUUAUGUUUGUCAAUGAUUUAGGUCUCAAUAUUAAGAGAACAAUGAGGAUUUGUACGUUUUGAUUAGUAAAAUUAUUUAUUGUGCCAUGAUUAGAUUUAAUUUGUAAUUUCAUGUAUAUAUGUUCUCAACUUUAUUAUAGUUUACCUACAAUAUAAUAAAAAAUGUUAAUUUUGACGUUUUUUUAUUAAAAUUUAAACUUUGCUAAUGAGAAGACUUUCCAGUUAUUACAGAAGAUAGAUUGAUGUAGAAACUAGGUUUAUACAGGGUAUCUAGAAACUAUUUCAUCAAAAGUAAGUUAUAGUACAGGAGCCAGUGAUAGAUUUUCAUAACAGAGUCGUUUCUAAUCGAAAAUUCGUGAAAAAAUGCAUACAAUAGGUACAAUUUUAAGGAUCGGAGAGAACUAACUACCUACUACCUAUAUAUUGCUUGAUCAUGAGAAAAAAUUAUAUUUUCAUUGAUUUCCUCUCAACUUAAUAUUUAUCUGGUGAUCUUUUACAUAUUACUACGAAUGAAAAUGUCCGAUUGCUGUAUAUGUGGAAUAAAGAAUUUUAAUCUUAAGCUUUGGACAGCCUGUAAAACACUUAACAACCUAAUCAGUGUUUUUUCAAAAUUUUUAGACCUUCUUGUGACAUGUAUUGCUCUGAAAUUGAGAUUUAAUGGAAUCAAUAAAUAUAAAUUUGGUUUCGAUAAUAUAUUACUAAAUUUAUUUACCAUAUAAUAAAUAUAUUAAUUAGGGUUUGUAAUUAAGAAAAAAAUGCUUUUUUAUGUAUUUAUUUUAGUGAUUUCUUUUGGAACCGAUCGUUUGGAUAGAAAUAAUUAUAACAGAAUUAAAAAAAGAAUAAUAAAAUUGUAAAACAUUCAAAUUAAUUAGUUUUUUUUAUACUGAUAACGGUAACUAUUAAAAUUACUAUGUACACUUAAAUUUUUUUAACGUUAACAGAUUAUGUUCGAAAUAUUUCUUUAAUUUAUUUAAUAUAAUAUCACACAUAAAUUUUAUAAUACAAAAAACAAAAUAUAAAUAGUGUGACAACUUUUAACUGUAUAUUAAAAUUAUACUUGAUUCCUAAA